CAUGUUAUACACUUGUUACCCCAAAACCACAAAGAUCAGCUUUUUCGCUGUAGGAUAAGCUCAUAAAAUUUAUAACACCAAAACAGAGAGAAAAAGCCAAUGGAACCACAGCGAGCAUCAUUAGCUCUUUCACUCAUCAUCUUCAACCUCCUCCUCAGCACCACAAACCAAUACCCUUCAUGCCAAUCCACCUGCGGCUCCCUCCACCUUAGCUACCCCUUCGGCUCCGGCCCCGGCUGCGGCUCCCCAACCUUCCAACCCUACAUAACUUGCAAAACAACCACCAAGCAGCUCCUUCUGACCACUCACACCGGAUCAUACCCCAUCACCUCCAUCUCCUACUCCACCAACACCCUAACCCUAACACCACCCUCCAUGUCCACCUGCACCUCCAUGCAACCCUGCCCCUCCAACCUGGGCCUAGACUGGGCCAGCCCGUUCCAGCUCGGCCCAUCAACUUUCAUCCUCCUCUCCUGCCAACCCCCUACCUCCUCUCUCACCCUCAAAGACUCCUCCUCCCCAAUCUGCGACCCCUCCUACUCCCACCUCUGCGCGGCCAUCUACACGUGUCCCUCCGUCACGGGCCUUAACCUCCCUCUCUUCCCUCCCACCAACACUUGCUGUGUCUACUCCCCUGGAAACCUAGACGCCAAGGGCGAGCUAGACCUCCGGGGGCUCAAGUGUAAGGGAUACACCUCCGUCGUGUCGCUCGGGGAUUACCCAACCGACCCGAACAAGUGGGAGUAUGGGGUGGCGCUGAAGUAUAACCACGGAGGCGAGUUGGAUGGUGGCAUCGUUGAGACGAACUGCAAGAGUUGUGAGAUGAGUGAUGGCGUUUGUGGUUAUGCUACUUCUGAUCAUUCGUUUCUUUGUGUUUGUAAAAAUGGCGACUACAACACCACUUUGGAUUGUUCUUCUGAUAAUUACAGUGGCGUUCAAGAACAAGGUGUCAUAUGGAGUCCGGAAUCUGGCUCUGAUUUACCAGCUUCUUCAGCUUGGAAAAUAUGGUUUGGGCUCUUGGCUCUGGCUGAGCUGAUCAUUUUAAUAGCUUGAGAGAGAUGGCUUUGGUUGGGAAAUUGGAUUAUUCCUCUGCUUGUUUUUAUCUUUGUAAGCUGUACUAUAAGAGGACUUUGAAGGACUUCAAAGCAGUGAAUUAUUUGUGAAGGGAAAAAGCAGAGAAAGUAAUAAUAAAAUUGUCAAAUGGAAAGAGAAGUGGAAUAAAGGUGUGAGCAAAAGCACCAGCAUCUUGUAACCAAAAAAAAAAAAAAAGCACCAGCAUCUUGUGCACAUAUAGGAUGUGACAUCCUCCACUUUAAAG